AUGCUUGCAGUGGCCGCGUUUGUGUUUAUUUACUACACAACCUGGGUGUUUGUUUUACCCUUUGUCGAAGCAGAAAGCUUUCUCAAUUUAUUAUUCCUCUCCCGAGACUAUGCCAUUAAGAUUCCCUUGUUCUUGUUGGCGAUUGCCGGCUUGGGUAUUGGAACCUUUGUUGGCAAAGUGUUGAUCAAGAACCAACAAAAAAAGAGUAAGAAGAAGCAAUAA